AUGAUAGCAGCUAGUGGACACAUCGUACAAACAUGCCCUCUGCUGCCACAACUCAACAAGAAUUUGUUCUUUACGGAAAACCAUCAGUCUGUCUUCCUCCCCACACCUCAAGCGUCCACUGUAUCGGCUCGAUUCUGUGGUCCUCACAUUGAUAUCCGCAAUGACAUCAGUGAGUUCAAGAAGCUGGAGAACUGCACAGUGGUGGAAGGCUACCUUCAGAUCCUCCUCAUUGGAGACAAGAACAACAACCUCAACCAGGAGCACUUUCGCACCCUGUCCUUCCCCAAGUUGACCAUGGUCACCGACUACCUUCUCCUGUUCCGAGUCUCCGGCCUGGAUAGCCUCAGCAUGCUCUUCCCCAACCUCAAUGUCAUCCAAGGACGCAACCUGUUCUACAACUACGCCCUGGUCAUCUUUGAAAUGACCAGCCUGAAAGAUAUUGGCCUCUAUAACCUGAGGAACAUCACCAGAGGCGCUAUCAGAAUCGAAAAGAACCCGGAGCUGUGCUACUUGGACUCGGUGGACUGGUCACUCAUUAUGGAUGCAGAGUUUAACAACUACAUCGCUGGGAACAAGCCGUCCAAAGAAUGCGGUGAUGUUUGUCCAGGUAUCAUGGAUGAUAGAACCCAGUGCAUUAGGACCAGCUUCAAUGACAACUACAGCCACCGCUGCUGGACCUCCAACCACUGCCAGAAUGUGUGUCCAAAGAAGUGUGAGAAAAGGGCAUGCACGAAUAAGGCUCACCCCAAGUGCUGUCACCCCCAGUGUCUGGGCAGCUGCACUGAACCAAACAAUGAUAAGGCAUGUGCCGCCUGCCAGCAUUACUUUCACGAGGACCGCUGCGUUGAGGCCUGCCCGCCGGGCACGUACAAGUUUGAAGGUUGGCGUUGCAUCACCAUGGACAUGUGUGCCCGUGUUCACCUACCCAGUGAGGUCGACUUUGUCAUCCACAAUGGAGAGUGUAUGCCGGACUGCCCUCCCGGAUUCACCCGAAAUGACACUCAGAGUAUGUUUUGUAGUGCAUGUGACGGACUGUGCGAUAAGGUCUGCGAAUCUAAAACAAUUGACUCGGUGGAUGCUGCUCAGUCCCUGCAGGGCUGCACGGUCAUCAAAGGCAACCUGCACAUCAACAUCCGGCGGGGCACUAACAUUGCAUCAGAGCUGGAGAGUUUCAUGGGCCUGAUCCAGACAGUGACUGGAUAUGUAAAGAUCAGACACUCGCACACUCUGGGCUCUCUGUCCUUCCUCAAGAGCCUGCGAUACAUUCAUGGAGAAGAGCUCACGGAGCAGUAA